AUGAACACGUCCUUCAUAUGGGUAGUCAUGUUAUUCAUCAUUAUGCCGGUGAGUGUUUGGUCGUUCAAAUAGUUUGGUGUUUUAAAAACUUUACUACCAUAUGUUACAGUAGCUUAGUAGUAAAUUGUACAAAUACUUCUGUGCCUUAAAAACAUUACUGUCAUAUGUUACAGUAGCAUAGAACUAACACGUUCAAAUAAUUCUGUGCUCUCUAAUUUAAAAAAUUUAAUUUGAAAGGGGCUCGGAAUUAGUUGAACAACCUAAUUUUAUUUUUGUCUUUGAUGACAUAUACAUUGUCGUAGGGUUGGUCUUCGUUGUCAUAUGUAUUGUCAUAGGUUUUGUCAUUGAUGACAUAUACAUUGUCAUAUUCUUCAUAAUGUAGCUGUUUUUACUUCUGUAUACAUUUUUGAGGACUUCUGACGUUGUUUUAGCAUCUUGAGUAUCUUGAAGUACCUUCUCUACAACUUUUGUAUAUUUUUUGAACUUUUUGGAAUAAUGGGAAGUAUAAUAUGUAUAAAAAAUAGUACUUUUUUAUGUUACAGUGGCCUAAAAUAAUCAAUUUUUGGCUUAAAUUUACAAUAAUCUAGGAAAAACAACUUUCAAAUUUUAAAAUCUUAAAAAUUUUCAAAAUACCAAAAAGUAUUACCUAAAGUUCGUUUCGAGUGUAACAAUCUCAAUUUGAGUUUAAAAUUGGUACUAAUGGUAUUAAUCAAGUCUUCGUGUACUCAAAAACGUAACCUCCGCUUUUACUACGUCACAACCCUACUGUUAAUUACACAUUUCAUUGUUACGAGUCCAAGCUUUCACUUCUACGUCAAAAUAUUCGUGUGGUAAACUGAUUUUAAAUGUUACUUUGGCUUGCAUGAUAAGUCCUGGCAACAUAUUAUAUGUUAUAGGUUAGAGUGACAUAUAGGGUUGGGAAGGGGUUGGAUUUUAGUAAAAGGUGUUUUUUGGUUCUUUUUUGAUGGGUACGCCAUUCUUUUUGCAUCAAAAGGUCGAUAUACGCCAUUUUUUCGCAUCAAAAGGAAUAAUAUAGAAUAUAGCAAAAACUACAGCAUUUUUCAUAUAUCAUGUUUAUAUGUAACAUUAGGUUCUUCAAAUGAUUCUGAGUCUCUUAAUUCCAAAAAUUUGUUUAGAAAGGUGGCUCAAAAUUAGUUGAACAACAAUAAUUUUAAAAUUUCAUUGUAUUUAAAACUUUUGAUUUGAAAACAUUUCCUUAUGACAAACAUAUAUGCCAACCCUCUUAAUAAGCUACAUUUUCUGUCAUAACCCUACUGUUUGUGACCAAAUGUAAUAACAUAGCAAAGUAAAACAAACAAUUUUACGUAAACAGUAGUGAAUCGCAGUUAAUUUGGCUACUGAAUGAGGGUUGAUUGUAGAACUAAAAGUAACAUUUUAAUACUCGUCUAAUUCAUAAUAAACGUCUGGAAAUGUGUUUAGGUAAUCAUAUUGUUAUUGCUAAUCAAAAACAAUUUUAGAGAAAAAAAUUUUAAUUUUAAAAAUAUUAAGUUGUUCAAAUAAUUCCGAGCUCUUUCUCAAAGAAAUUUUUUGAGGUUAGGAGGCACAGUAUUAUUUGAACAGGCUAUCAUUUUUUAAAAUUUUUAUUGUUAUUAGGUAUCAAUAGGUAGUACUGUACUCACUCUUAGUCAAUAAUUACACUUACUAAGCCAAUUAUUACAGCUAAUUACCUUGCAAAUGACAGUGUAAAGUUUACUGUAGCUUUUUUAAUUAACUCUUGUUUACAGUGGGCUAAAACUUAAUAUGAUGACAUUAUAUAAAGGCUGUCAUAUUGCAGUUUCGUGCUUAUUCCAAAAGGUUUUGGAAUAACUAUACUGAGGGGGAUUAUCACAUGUUGUAGUAGAACAUUGUAAAUUGGGCUAUUUCGGUUUGUAGAGUACUGUAAUUUCUGAAAAAUAAAGAUUUAGUUUACUGUAAAGUUAAAAAAAUCUCUUCCAAGGUACUAUGUAGGUUCAGCUUCUUGUGGUUACUGUAUUUCAAUUAUAUAUAGGCUACUUUAUAAUAUUAGUUAAGUACUAGUGAAUUAUACUUUACUAUAAAAAUAUUAUAUAUUUUAAAUUUGACAUCAAUAACAAUACCAUUACAGGGGAUCCCUGCCGGAUCAUCACGCUGCCACACCUGCGAAAUGGACAAAUUCGAUCAGUACAAAAUGUUUCGCCAAAACCAGAUCCUCAACGAUCUAUUAAAGAAGCUAGAGCUAGCGGCCAAGCCAAAUGUCACAAUCGAUUAUGACAAUUUGCCACCGAUCGGUCGACAGAACCCUCGGAUCCGAGCGUUGAUCGAGCAGACGAUAAGGGAGAAGAAGCGAAGCAAACGAUCGCUGCCUAGUCUCGACAUGGACAUGUCCCAUCUGUACGAGACCGAUUCGCAGACUGUACCAACUAGUACCUUUUUUGUUGCUGAACCAGCGCCAUGGCCUGUUGGGGAGGUGGGUAGUGCAGUUUCGAAAUUUUUUUUUAUAAAUUUUAAAAGAUUUUUUAAAAUUUGAAUUUACUGCAACUUAUAUGUGUAUUGUUUUAGCCUUAAGCCCCGGUUAAAGUCGAAAAAAAUUCAAAAAAAAAUUUUUUUAAUUUUUUAGUUUUAGUUAACAAAAUUUUUGAAAUUUACAAAAUCUGUAAAAAAAGUUACUUUGGUAAUUUUCAGGCUAUUGACAUAUCAAUUUUCCGUUUAAACAAAUCACUUCGCCGUAAAUAUAUCUACACAGCUACCUUGCACGUCUACAUGAAGCGACCCAUCAUUCUGAGGUUGUCCGAACAGCCAGUAACGUUAAAUGUGUAUCAGCGGUACAUGAAUGGAUCGGUAAGGGCGUAAACAACAAUUUUAAUUCUAAAAAUUUUACUUUUUUGAGAGAUUUUUAGGGGUAUUUAAUUCACAUAUCGUAUUUUACUUUACCAAUGAUUGUCACCCACCUGCAGGCAAAAAAUACGUUGAAAAAAAAUUAUUUAAAAUUUUAUUUUGAGAAUUCAAAGACGAAUUUAAUUCCACAAAGUUAAAAAACAACUAUACAAGUUUAUACAACAUAAUGCUUUAGAUCGGAGACAAACUAGCCACUAAGUACCUGACAGAAGACCUAGAUGACAAACGAAUCAUCGCUCCAAUCUCGGUCAAGCUGGACGGUCAAGAUUUUCAAACGUGGCUAGAAGAACAGGAACGGCACGGUCGAGAACCUGUCGUUGCAUUAUACGCUGAAGUCAUGUACGAUGGUGAGAACUUGGUAUAUCAGCCACGAGAUGGGUCGGCUACGGUGAGUUGCGACUUUUUGUUUUUUAAUUGACUCACAUUUUUAGAUUGGAUUUUUCAGUUAAUUAUGUGCCUCUCUGAAAGAAAAUUUUUAGAGUAGAGGCACAGAAUUAAUUGAACAACCUGUAGUAAGUGGUUUCACAAAUACUACUAUGUAGAGCUCUAGAAAUAAGCAAAACAAGCAAGACCUAUGUUACAGUAGGUAUAGAUUUUGAAAGAACUCAAGUAAUCAAAAGCUUUUUUAAAAUCUUGUUAUCUAAUGUAAAUAGUAAUAACGUUUCGUAUUUAGCGUAACUUCAUUAUUAAUACUUUGUAGUUUGAAUUUCUAAACUUCUUUUUUGAGAACUUGAGCUUAAAAUGCAAAAUAUUAUUAUACCACCCCCAAGCAGGCUAAUCGUGUUAUACAAGGCGCUUGGAACCGAUUUAAUCUUGUUUGGGAUUAAAAAUGACAUAAACUUGCAAGAUACUAACAAAUACGCUUACUGUAGAGAUAACACAUUUGUCAUCAAAAGCUAUUAGUUAUAUCUAAAAUGGCAUAGAAAGUUCUAAAAAGUUUUUUUGAAAUUUUAAAAACUUUUUUUUAAAUUUCAAAAAUUUUAAAAUUAGUUUUUAAAUCAUCAUUGAACAAUAGUUACAAAUUACAGUAAUAACAACAAUAUUUUAGAAUCAAUACCUGGAGUUUGAGAUCUUUGACAUGCCUGGUCGAAGUCGUCGCAGUACUCCUAAUGUAUGUCAUGCCGGCCAGAACGAGACUAAAUGUUGUCUAUACGAUCUCAUAAUCGACUUUGAAAAGGUUGGAUGGGAGUUUGUCAUUGCUCCGAAAAGAUACAACGCCUACAUCUGUAACGGCGACUGUAAUGCUCAAGUAAGGGAAAUUUUACUGGUUUCAGAAAAUUUUGGUUAAUAGUGACCUUUACCUUACAAUUGCUUGUUAGCUUACAAAAGUUACUGUAAGGUAAUGUCGUACUAUAACUUAAAACUCUAUAAACCCUUGUAACGUAGCUAUAAGCAAAAGGAAAUUUUUACAAUUUUGUAAAUUUCAGAGCCAAGGAAUGCCAUUGGUAUCAACACACGGUUCAAUGACGGCCAAAACCCAAACCGACUUCUUCCAAUGUUGUCAUCCCAAAGACUACACCGGUGUAACUAUCGUGUACGUGACGGAGAGUAACCAGAUAUGGGUCAAGGAGGUGCCAGGAAUGGUGGCACGCAAAUGCGGUUGUGCUUAA